CCUCCUCCUCCGGAACCCGGUGGACCCGCGCGAAUGAGCAGCAGAAGCACUCUAAGCAAAUACAAUAAGCGGUCAGACGAUAGCCAAGUCAGUCAGCCAACGAAUUGGCCAACGGGUUACAUCGUCGGAGACCAUCGCGCUGAUAAGGACAGAUGGCCGAACGGACGCGUUCUACAUAGAUAGACAGAUCAAGCUAACACACACCCACACAUUCAAUGCAAGCCCGACCACCAGGACUACUGCGAUGACGAUUGUCACGACGGUUACAGACGAUCAGAACAAACUUUGAAGGGAGUAAUCGAUAUCGAUAUUUGUGGUCGUCGUUUCUAUCCGCAGAAUUCUGUUCGGGCAUCGCCGGUGGAGGCUAUGCGGUUUCCGUACCGUUCACAGGAUCAGCCCGCUUGUAGAUACCCCUCAUGCUACGUGUUCUUGAGCAGUUUCCGGAAAGCUGCAGCUUUCAAUGUGGAGUUUCGGUGUACACCUGUCUAGCUUCUUGUGCACGCUACAACUAGGUCCUAACUUGAUUACUGGCCUGUUCGAAUACUGUUAGGAUUGCGCUCUGUGUCGUGCAAGGAUAAACGGUCUAAAUGUAUCGAGAGUCGUCUUAGCCGCCUGUAGUAGUAAAUACUACCUGUCAUGUUUAGAUGGAGCGCAUCUGUGCAUGUCUAGCACAUGCCAAACAGUUAAAUUUUGUUUCUAGGCGGUGCCGCUGGCCGCGGCCUGUUUGAGCUGAAGGACCAUAUACCAUAGAGCAGUCCAGUCUGCCACUGAAGCUUAUUUGAAAUACCCUCGACUGAACGAAACAAAGUGCCCUACAGUGAGUGCCUCUGAGGAACCGGAGAAAGCUGACAACGAGAUAUCGGAAAAACACAAAGACAAGAGUCCCAUUUACUAAGUACCACUGUUUGCUUCUUGCUGAACAAAACGCACUAACUUGACGGAUGCAAAAUAAGAGGACAACAUAUUAUAGUUGUGUUCAUAUCGAAAUCGCUGAUGUGAUGAGUCUACUUCAAUGAAGAUUUCCAGUUGGAUUAGGCUAUUUCAGCAGGGACCACUAGCCUCCAGCUUGUCUUUCCAACGCGUGGCACUCAGCCUUGAUUUAUCCCUCCGGCCAUCCAAAUUUUACUGGACACGACCGGAAUGGUACACCGAGCGAAUGGAUUACAUUCCCAGAUAAUCGCGUUCAGAUAAUCGCGGCACCGGGACUCGAAAAUGUCCACAUGUGAGAUACUGCAUCGUGUCAUUUCACACUAAGCCCGACAUUGAAUUAUGUGAUUUAUAGCAGAAGCUAUACAUGUGGCCUAAUGUUGAAUUAGCGACCGCGCCUGCCGACCUGAUGCCAAAAUCCACGAUCUGUGUUUCUAGCGAACAUAGCGGAAAGUUAUAUUCUUACCUUUAUCGAUGCUGAUGUCUACAUAUACCUGUCUCAUUGCACUUUGCUGUUUCAAUCUCUCAUAGCUAUAAUCGCGCUCACGGAUGGACGGCCUAGAUCUUUGGCGUCAAAAGGCACUAUACCAGCCUUCUCAGGAGCAACUUAUCUACUGUAUCCUAUUCGAAUCUAAAUUAAAAUCAUGAGAGCAGAUCUGGAACUGUGGAUUGACUAACUCAGCAACGUGCAUCCGUACUCCUAAUCGAGUACAGUCCGCUUAGCUGCUCUUGAGAGAUCGAGGUAAUUUUCAUUAAGAAUCAGCAAUAUAAAAACAAAAGUAUGAAUCCUAGAAUGAUCCGUAUGGCGGUUGUGCUGGUCGCGGUGACUCUGAUUACAGUUGAAGUAAACGCCUCAGAAGAUAGUGAACGCAAUACGAUGAGCACGGCAACAGCUGGAAAACGCGGAAGCGACCCGAAGCCAGCCGAUAACAAGGACUCAGAUCAUGGGAGCGGGGAUGGUGAAGACGCAGAUUCCGAUAAGUACGGUAACUCGAACGAUCAUGAGUUCGUACUUCAAUCAGUCACGGGCGCAUCCCCUCAAUGGAGUGAUACUAAGGUUCCUAUUCUGCGAGACGAUGAACGCGUUCUUGAAGAAAAAACCGAUCCUGACGCAAAAUAUGUAGGAUCUAGCGAAAGGGUAAUUGUAUUUCAUAACGAGCAGAUGGCGUUUGUAAACUCGGCCGGUGGAGAUGAUCAUGAUUCUAGUAGUUCUCCUCAAACAGAUCCACAUGGUCACAGCCAUAAGCACGAUCCAUUGCAUGAACCUACUUCCGAACAUGUCCCGACAGAUAGUGGCCAUGAAUCUGCAGCGGAUCAACUCCAUGCAAAAACAACGAAUCAUGUGGCAGAUUCUGCAGACGGUGAUCUAAAUGUGACAGAGCAUGUAACGCAUGGAAAAGAAGUCAUGCUAAAGGAACAUAAUGAUGGCAACGGUACGAAUCAGUUGGUUGAAACAGACGAAAAAGACGCGAAGGUCACAACGAUAGGUGCAAGUGUUUCGGGUAAUACGAAACCUGAGUUAAAUAAAGAUUCUUAUCUAAUACCAACAGACAGCGAAACUGAUAGCAGUGAGGAAGGUCAUCACCACGCGAAAUCGACCAUUGUUCCAAGCUUUCCAAACGAAACAGAGAAGACACACGUAAACAAUGCUGAAGUCGGUCCAGAAAACGCAAAUAAGGUAGAAGACCCGGUUUCCAUAACUGAGGGCGCCGCAAGCGAGCUCCUACACAAUAUCUCGUCAUCAGGUAUUGUAAGCACUGAAAGGACAAACGUUACAACGAAGGCUAAUAAUAUUCAGACUGGCAUGAUUCCAGUGAAGUUUCACAAUCCGCCGGUGUCAUCAGAAGCGGUGGUGUCCUCUGCUAAUGAAACCACUACCGAAGCGGUGCCUUCAACGACGACAAUUGCAGGUAUGAACGGUUUUACAAAUGUAGGCGACACUAAAGAUACUGAUCCUGAUCAGACCAGUGAAGUGGUGCCUGAUCAUGAUAAGAAAAAGCUAGAUUUAGAUGCUCUGGACUCUCUGAAACUCACCAAAAUCGUAUUUAAAGAUGGAGCAAUAAUUGCGUGCAAGGUUGACUGCCCGAAGAACGGUCGUCGUCCCACGAUAACAUGCUUGGGUCCACUCUGUAAUAAGGCUCCCAGAGUAACUAUGAUUACGUGUUACAAUGAAGGAAAUGAAACACACAAAGCAGAGAACCUGGAGAAGCAGAAAGCUAAUCACUCUAAUUCUAGUUUGAGACGUUUCGCGCUACCUUUCCAAUGGGGUUGUGGGGCGGACGAACUAGAAUCGGAGUUUAAGGUGAAGGAACCACAGGUCUGGUGUGACGGUUACAAGUAUUUUGGUGAUCGAUGGAUUCUAGCUAAUUCGUGCUCGUUGAAUUACCGCAUUGAUCGUCUGAAUAGUUCUGCUCUACAAGGGCUUGCGGAAUCGAAUUAUGGGUUCAUUACUGGUUCUCUGAUUGCUAUCGCCUGCUUUGGCGUUGCUCUCCUGGUCAUCAAAGCAGCAAUAGCGAAACAACGUCAUGGAAUCUGGUUUCCAGCGUAUUCCGCUAUACCCCUUAAGGCUCGCAAGAAAUUUCGACGGAAGCGCCAAAACGAUGACCACGAACCGGUUGACGUUAAUUUUGACAUGAGCGAAUAGCGGACAACGUUACAAGGUUGCCAGACGCAAAGCUGCGAAAAAAUUAAUUGAGAUGUCUCGCCUUCUACGUGUUACCGUUACCGAUAUGUUAUCUGUGUAGGUCGGUGGCGGAAAUACAAACAUGUAUGCAACAAAGGCGAAUCGUUCGCCGAAUAGCAAAGCGCAUCAGCUUUAUGGUGGAAAAUACACGAGACAAGCUCAAAAUUGCGCUCAAUCAAUAGCCAUAUUAAGAAGUUUUGUUUCUUGGCAUUCGUGAAGAUCUUCGACCGUUAGUAUGAUUCAGUACCUUAUAAAUUAGUGUUCGUAAGCCUUGUCGGUACUGUACAGAACUCCUAUACAAGUGAUUGAAGGUAAGCGAUCGGUGCGUCAGCCAUUGCAGUGUUAACCAAUAGUUAAUUAGUAUCUAAUCAAGCGUAAAAAAACAAUAAACUAAUAACAAAUAGGUACUAAUAGUAUGAAUAAGUUAUAGGUACUUUUGUAAACUGACCUUAAUUAUUCGAAGUUGUGGUCUAUGUUGCCAGAGCGGCUCACACACUCCAUUUGUUUCCUACAAAAGUUUAUACACACAGUUUGACUUUGUGGUCGUGUGCACUUAAAAUUGUGGUCAAAUAGUAGCGAUAGAUCAUCAGUUCGUAUGCGAUUUUGUAAAGUAUACUAAACGUAACAGAUCUACCAGGACUGUCUGUAAGAAACCAUGAUUAGCUAUUUUGUAGUUUUUAGUCGUGUUUUUUAAAAUAUUAUAGUUAUUGUAGAGAAAGCCGAUGUAUGUUUAUAGUGGCACUAUUGAUCAUAAAGAGCUUUGUACGAAAAAAAAGAGGCCUCUGGAGAAAAAAAGGAAAAAAAAAGAAGAGAUGUUCACAGAUCACAUAAAAGUAGAAGGUGAAGUGAUUCUUUAUUGUUAGGCACAAUAUACAUAAAGAUUUAUCGUGUCUUUACUUAGCUAUAACUCUGUUACACUGAGAAAGACAAAGACUAUAUUCAACAACAAUCAAGAUAAAUAAAGCUGUGGUAUUUUUAUUGAAAACCAGAAAAAUGUUGGUCUUUCAUUGUUAGCCGUAUGGUGCCUUCGAAGCUGUGUAAACUGUUACCCCGACACCAGCGACUAAUGACUCAUGUCGCCAUUAGUUAGACAGGUCAAGCUGAACCUGCAGGGAAAAAGACGAAUACGAUUGUCUUUCCGUAAAUGUCGGCAAAUUAAAAUGAAAACUCUAUCGGACCCAGAUUUCAGUCAGAUUUAUUGUUCAGUAAUAAAAACGUCUGCCAUAUGUUACCUAUUUUGUUGUAACGUUUUUGAAGUAAACAUGGCUAUUUUGGUAUCAUCGUUCGAUUUCCAUAUUGCCUUUUACUCUCUGUUGGGCUACCCAUUUUUAUUCAUUUUAAGCGACCUUUUCCGUCCGACCAGCAUAACCUUCCCCACAUACCGAUAAUCACUUGGCUUCAACUAGCUUUUCUAGUAUCCGCUCGAAAGGGAUUGUUCUGAAGAUAUGAAGAAAGCGGGGGAUGUGACGCGACCCUGCAUAUAACAGGUGUCGAAUGUUUAGAGGCUUCUUUUUUAAAAUUUCUCUCUUCACGUCAGAGACGGUAGUGUAUUGGCACUGACCGGCCACUGAACGAAGCAGUCCUGCAAACGAACCCAUCUGUACCCCUCGAAGCUUGAACUUUAUACAUUUCAGUCCUAUUUUUUGUGUGGUAGGUUUGUUCUCAUAUAUCUUAGACACAGCAAGUAGUUUUUGGUUUCAUCCUCACAUAUAUAUGUAUAUAUAUAUAUAUAUAUAUAUGUGAGUUAUGGCUCACAUAUGUACAAUAGAAUAGCGUUUCAUUUGCGGAAGUCUCGCUUAUUUCGUCAGGCUGAAGUGGCGGUUCAGCCAAUUUCGAACGAAUGGUCUUUCACAGUCCGCAGUAGGAUUUCUAGAUCUGCUUUAGAUAACUUAUCGUCACAUCAUUUAAAUACAAGACAACCCCUACUGCUCUAUGUGUUGACAAAUAGAUUUAAAUAUACUUGUUAAUUAUUUCUUUUCUAUAUAUUAUUGUCGGGGCUGACUGGCGCCCUAGAAAGAACGGGCUUUGCGUUUCCGUAUAUAUAUUAUUACAAUGAAUUAUAUUAUUAAUACUAUGCUUAUAUAGGAGCCUUACGACGCCGUAAUUGCUUUUAAUUAUAAUAGAAAUUAUUAUAAUAUGGCUUAGCUAUCACUGAACGACAGAAAGCCGUUCUGCUUUGAUACUUGCGUUCGUGUUCCCCAUAUAUAUAAUGUAUAAUAUCUUAGUGUAACGUUUCCUUGAUUCUUUUAUAAUGUAUUCAUGUGUAUUUGUGUUUUUUUUUCCUUUCGGCAUAUUCUAGUUGUUCUCAUUUUGUCUUGGUAUCAGUGCGUCACUUUACCUCGUUUUGUUGUUGUUUGACCGUGUUUGUUGUUUAUGUAGUUGUGAUGUAGACAAAAAAAAAAAAAAAAAAAAAAU